AUGGCAGCUGAACGAUGCACGGACGAUACAACAUACACCAAUGGUGGCAGACAGUGUUCGUCCAUAAUUCAGAACUCACUUUACUUGUGUUACGAGCAGGAGGUCAAGGACGCUUGUUGCAAGUCAUGUCAACAGGUCAACACGACCGUUGCAGGUUGCGAAUUCGGUGAUCACGUUUCAAAUUGUGAAAUGUUAGACUGCUUUCGCUCAGAUAUGCAAACGAAGUGUUGUGAAACGUGUAAAAUCCCGUUUACUUAUACUACAUCAAGUACAUCAACUUCUCGUCCUUCAACAACUACACAAAGUAUAUCAACGUCACGUCCUACAACAACUACAACAGCUGAACGAUGCACUGACGAUAUAACAUACACAAAUGGUGGCAGACAUUGUUCGUCCAUAGCUCAGAACUCACCUUACUUGUGUUACGAGCAGGAGGUCAAGGACGCGUGCUGCAUGUCAUGUCAACAGGUCAACACGACCGUUGCAGGAUGUGAGUACGGCGACAAGGACCCAUCUUGGUGUGACCUUCCUGACUCCUGCAUAAUGUUCCCAGACAAAUGUUGCGAUACUUGUUCCAAAACAGGACCCGGCAUUGGUUACGAGACAACAACUUGUAUAGACGACUCAAACUUCAGGUACAAUGGAAGAAGCUGCUCGUCUGCCGUGGAGACCUUCAAAGGCAAAUGUUACAACACAGACUUCCAGCAGACGUGUUGCCGCUCUUGUCUCAGUGCUAGGAAUGUGUCUGCUAUUGGCUGUGAGUAUGGAGAUAGAAAUCCGUCCAAAUGUUUCAACAAAAACUCAUGCAAAAAUUACAAAGCUGACUGCUGUGCCCAUUGCAACACAUCAACCAGACUACAGGUGUCGAUCUUCUUAAGUGUUAUGGUGUCUGCUUUGAAAAUGUUCUCUAUUUUGUGA